AAGCAACAGCUGAUUACUGGAAAUAAAUGAACAUUUUUGACGUCUGUCAAAUUUCUGAAUAUUUUGUUUUGAUAUGACCGGCUCAUUUAGUUCUAAAAAUUUAAAUUAAAUAAAAUGUUUAACUUUAGAUGCAUCUUGUUGCCAUUUAGAGAUUUACCCCAUAGUUUAAGCACCAGAGGAUUGAAACAAACGAUAAAUCGAAUCAAACCGGAAUACGACACCGACUAUCUUACAAAUCCUGCAAACAUUGAUCACAUCAAAAAGAAUAUAUUAAACCGGAAAGGAGUCGGUGAUAUUGAAAGGGUGCACGGUCUGGUAUAUGAAUUAAACCACAACACAGACACAACGAUUCGUGUCAAACUUCAACAACAACUUGAAGCUGCCCUGAAAACAAUUCCGAAUCAUACGCAUCCUGAUGUCGUAAACUAUGGUGAUGGUCCAAAAGAAAUCGCAUCGAUUGGUUUGAAACGAAACUUCACAUUUUCAGCGAGACCCUUCGAUGGACUGUGUGGUCAUUUGAACAUUUUACGCACAAAUGAAAUAGAUCAUUUUAAUGGUUCGAGAAGCUACUACUUCAUGAAUGAAUUAGCUGAAAUGGAAGAGGCACUGAUACAAUAUACGGUCGACAAACUGGACGCAAACGGAUUCGAAUUGAUUUCGGUUCCCGAAAUUCUUCCACCUGAAGUCAUUGAAGGAUGUGGCAUGAAAACAACCGGUGAACGCCAUCAGGUAUUUAAAACACUUCCAGACAAUUUAUGCUUGUCUGGCACAUCCGAAAUGGCUCUAGGUGGCUUCUUCGCUGGGAAACGAUUCCACAUCGACGAACUACCCAUUCGAGUAAUGGCAGUCAGCCGCUGUCAUCGGGCUGAAACAUCCACAGCCAAAGAAGACAAAGGUGUCAUAUUCCGUGUCCAUUCAUUUAGCAAAGUCGAAAUGUUUUCGGUGUGCGCUCCGGAUCAAUCGGAAAGCAUGCUGGACGAAUUUAAGCGUAUCGAAAUCGAUCUGUUCAGUAAACUCAACUUACAUUUUACAGUACUCGAUAUGCCACCGUGCGAAUUAGGUGCGCCUGCAUAUCGAAAAUUUGACAUUGAAGCAUGGAUGCCCGGUCGUGGAAUGUAUGGUGAAAUAUCAAGUUGCAGUAAUUGUACGGAUUAUCAAGCUCGACGAUUGGACAUUCGCUUCAGUGACAGGAACGGGCAGAUUGUUCAUGCACAUACGGUAAACGGUACGGGUUGUGCCGUACCAAGAAUGUUGAUGGCCAUAGCGGAAAACGGACAAAACGAAGACUUCACAAUUAAUAUUCCUACCGAACUGCAGAGAUACAUGGAUGGCAAAAGUAUAAUUCAAUCAGCCAGAGUGCUACCUGGAUCGAAACGAGCCCAAAUUGAUGAAACAAACGUAGAGAGUUCUGCGUAAAAUGUGUUCUGACAUCAGUAUGGUUAAAUUGUAGACAUAAGCUGAGAAUAUAAGCAGACUGUUAUUUAUACAUCUGGCUUUGAUAUGAGCAAUUUUAAGUUCCCACCAUUGGAGCUUGAAGCUGUCCUGCUCAGAGCUUUAACAUUGAAUUCGGUAACAUUAACAUUUGCAGCGACUGAGUUAGUUUUUCUUGAUCUGAAUUCAGCUCAGUCUUAGUUUGAAUCAGUUUCAAGUCUCAAAAGGCAGAAUUGUAAUUUUAUAAGAAAUUUUUAAUGGCCACAAGACCGUAACAUCUCGGCGAUAUGGUAGAAUCAAAAAACUUUACUAAAAACGAUACAUCGUUACGUUGCUGUUGUUCUUUUAAAUACAAUAACCGAUCCA